GGUGGCGGCCGCUGGCCAGUGUAAGAUGGCGGCGGCGUUGGUGGCGGCAGUGGACGGGGCGGCCGGGCCUGGAACUGUCGGAGCAGCCGCUGGCAGAAGGAUGACCCAAGACGGGAAGCGGGCUACUGAGCCUCGCCGGCUCCCGUGCUUGUAACUGCCCCAGCUGGACACCCCUUCCCCCUUGACCUUACCCGUUCUUCAGUGAACCUCCAGACCUAUUUUCUCAGGAGCUCAGCCUGGCCUUACUUCAGUGAUAACAGGGGGAAAGGCUAGCUGCAGCAAACAUUAUUCAAGAUGUCUAGCAAAGGGAGCAGCACAGAUGGCAAAACAGAUUUAGCUAAUGGAAGCCUGUCCAGCAGUCCAGAAGAGAUGUCUGGCGCUGAAGAGGGGAGAGAGACAUCCUCAGGCAUUGAAGUGGAGGCCUCAGACCUGAGUUUGAGCUUGACUGGGGAUGAUGGUGCCCCCAACCGUACCAGCACAGAAAGUCGAGGCACGGACACAGAGAGCUCAGGUGAAGAAAAGGACUCUGACAGCAUGGAGGACACUGGUCAUUAUUCCAUCAAUGAUGAGAACCGAGUUCAUGAACACUCAGAGGAAGAAGAGGAGGAGGAGGAGGAGGAAGAACAGCCUCGGCACCGUGUACAGCGCAAACGGGCCAGCCGUGACCAGGACUCAUCAGAUGAUGAGCGGGCCCUGGAGGACUGGGUAUCCUCAGAGACAACAGCUUUGCCCCGACCUCGCUGGCAAGCCCUUCCUGCCCUUCGGGAGCGGGAGCUGGGUUCAAGUGCUCGUUUUGUGUAUGAGGCCUGUGGGGCAAGAGUCUUUGUACAGCGUUUCCGCCUACAGCAUGGUCUUGAGGGCCAUACUGGUUGUGUCAAUACCCUGCACUUUAACCAGCGCGGCACCUGGCUGGCCAGUGGCAGUGAUGACCUGAAGGUUGUGGUGUGGGAUUGGGUGCGUCGGCAGCCAGUACUCGAGUUUGAGAGUGGCCACAAAAGCAAUGUCUUCCAGGCCAAGUUCCUUCCUAACAGUGGUGAUUCCACUUUGGCCAUGUGUGCCCGGGAUGGGCAAGUCCGGGUAGCAGAACUGUCUGCCACACAGUGCUGCAAGAACACCAAGCGGGUGGCCCAGCACAAAGGAGCAUCCCAUAAAUUGGCCUUGGAACCAGACUCUCCCUGUACGUUCCUAUCCGCAGGUGAAGAUGCAGUUGUCUUCACCAUUGACCUGAGACAAGACCGGCCAGCUUCGAAACUGGUGGUGACAAAAGAGAAGGAGAAGAAAGUGGGACUGUAUACCAUUUUUGUGAACCCUGCCAAUACUCAUCAGUUUGCUGUGGGUGGACGAGAUCAGUUUGUAAGGAUUUAUGACCAGAGGAAAAUUGAUGAGAAUGAGAACAAUGGAGUACUUAAGAAAUUCUGUCCUCAUCACUUGGUGAACAGUGAGUCCAAAGCAAACAUCACCUGUCUUGUGUACAGCCACGACGGCACAGAGCUGCUGGCCAGUUACAAUGAUGAAGACAUUUACCUUUUCAACUCCUCUCACAGUGAUGGAGCCCAGUAUAUUAAGAGAUAUAAAGGUCACAGAAAUAAUGCCACAGUAAAAGGCGUCAAUUUCUAUGGCCCCAAGAGUGAGUUUGUGGUCAGCGGUAGUGACUGUGGUCACAUUUUCCUCUGGGAGAAGUCAUCCUGCCAGAUUGUUCAGUUCAUGGAGGGCGACAAGGGAGGCGUGGUCAAUUGUCUUGAACCCCAUCCUCACCUGCCUGUGCUGGCAACCAGUGGUCUAGACCAUGAUGUGAAGAUCUGGGCACCUACAGCUGAAGCUUCCACUGAGCUAACAGGGUUAAAGGAUGUUAUUAAGAAGAACAAGCGAGAACGGGAUGAAGAUAGCUUGCACCACACUGACCUGUUUGAUAGUCACAUGCUCUGGUUCCUUAUGCAUCAUCUGAGACAGAGACGCCAUCACCGGCGCUGGCGAGAACCUGGGGUUGGGGCCACAGAUGCGGACUCGGAUGAGUCUCCCAGCUCCUCAGAUACAUCGGACGAGGAGGAGGGCCCAGACCGGGUGCAAUGCAUGCCAUCUUGAGGCUCCAUACUUAGGAGGGGCGGGCUGGGGCUGCCAACCCGAUCCUGCCUGGGCAACUCUUUCCUGUCCCAGGCCCUUGCAUUCAGCAGAAACGCACUUUGGACUCUUCGUUUAAAUAAAAGAAAGAUAUCCACAGAGGACAGACCAGAGGGGAAUGAACCAACAGAGCCACUAGGAGUGAGAGUUGAGCCCUGUUAAGGGGCUCCACGGAAAGAAAAGUGCAAAGGACUCAGCAGAAAUGGUGUCUCCAUGGUGCUGAGGAAGUCUGUUUUGUUAACUGGUUUAGGAUAGGAAAUGGGGCUUCUUUUUCUUUAACCUCCCUUGUUUCUUUUGGGGGGGGUGGGGGGAACAACUGGUGAUUCAGUACCAAGGGGCCAGAGUGGAGGGUAGGAAUGCCACUCUCUCUUUGGUUUAGGUUUUUUUGUUUUUAGUAUGACAGUUUUAUUAGGUUUUUUUUUUUUUUUUUUUUUUUUUUGGCCCCUGAACAACCCCAUCCCUGUAUCCCCCCCUUUUUUUUCUGAAGUCCUUAGAGUCCUAUCUGUCCUACACUCUUCACUUUCCUUUCCACCUCACUUAUUCUCUGUACUUAUCACAGUGUUUUGCACUUGGUUAGGUAUUAUUCACUCUUCAUCUCAUCACCUCCUAAAUGGGGUCUGGUGAUGGAGGUUGGGGAGAGGAGGGAGGGGCAGAGGUGGAAGAAUAGGAACGAUGUUAUCUCUUUGUUUUAUUUUUAAUUGUUUGGUGGCAGCCAUUUCCCUGUCCCUAUCUGUGUUAAGAGGCCUAAUUUUAUACCUAUAAAUAUAUUAAAAAGCAAGUUAAACUUGGAUGUAUCAAGUUAAAAUUAUUGUCAAAGUUUAAAUACCUAUAUAUUCUCUAUGAAUACAAUGCAAUAAAGGGACUUAAAGGAAGAAUGAUCAAGAGUGAUUAUGUAGAAGGAACACGUGGGGUCAGCUUGUCAUUUACCUGUGGCUUUCAGAGCUUAGGGCUUAACCUUAGGUUUCAGGAGGCUCUAGAAUGGAAGGAUCUGGUGUUCUCCCUUCUCUACCUUGCAAUAGGGGUUUGGACAAACAAGAAAUUCCUCUGUCAUCUCUGCCUCAGAACUCCUACCUCCCAUAAGUCUUGUGAGAGCUCCUAAAGACUGCUCUGCUCUUCUAACAAGAGGCUGGCCUGCCAUUAAACGUGUGACUUCAGGAAGGGCGGUUCUGUACAUAAUCACCCUCUCACCUUUAGCUGUUUGAUUCUUUAAGCCAUUUAACUCCAUACCAGCUCCCCUCCCAGUAGAAGAGUGAAGAAGAAAUUUCCUGGGCUCAACCUUAAACCUUGGGAUUGAGGGACAAAUCAGUAAUUUAAAAAAUGGUUCUGGUGGCUGGGCCUUGGACCUCCUGUAUUACCACUAGACCCUUGAGUAUAAAGUUUGUAUUGAAUUCUUGCCCUGAACUGCUUUUGCUGCAAUUUUUUUUUGUUUUUGUUUUUGUUUUUUUUUGCCCAUAGUUUCCACAAGAUCCAAUCCGGAAUUCUGUAUCCUGGGAAAGGUGGAACUUACUAAACCAGGCUUAGGAAAGGGGGGAGAGGAUGAUAUUACCAGAUACUCUUUCCUUCUGCCCUCCUUUUCCUAGCAGCUCAGACCAGAUGUUCGCUACUGCACUUUCUUCCCAAGGCAAGGAAUGUGUGGUAACUGAGUGGUCUUGUGUCCUUAUUGCUAGUAAGGUGAUGAGGUGGGCUUAAAAAGAUGGCACUCUGGAAUGUGUUGUAUUUUCUCAGUAAAGCUUUUCCCCCAACUGCU